AUGGCAGAUGCUUUAGCUACGUUGGCAGCCAUGUUUAUGGCCGAUGAUCAAUCUCGAAUGAUGCCCAUUCGAAUGAGUAUACGAGAGGUGCCAUCUCAUUGUUGUAACAUUGAUGAAGAAGAGGAAGAUGGUCUCUCAUGGUAUUACGAUAUUCUCCAGUAUGUGAAGUAUCAGGCUUACCCAGUUGAGGCAACUGAAAAUGACAAACGGACCUUAAGAAGAUUAGCAAUGAGGUACGUUCUUGAUGGAGAUAUUUUAUACAAAAAAGGAAAAUAUCAGAUGCUUUUGAGAUGUGUGAAUAGAAUUGAGGCUAAGAAAAUACUUGAGGAAGUUCAUGAAGGGGUUUUUGGAACGCAUGCAAAUGGAUUCACAAUGGUUAGGUAA